GAGAGCCAGGCUUCCGAAGAAAGGUGGAGGCCGGGUUCCGGGCCUGCAGCUCUCACGUGCUUUCCCGGCCACCCCCUCCCGCCCUGCGUCGAGGCGGCCAAGCCUGUUCCUCUUCCCCCCCCCCGUCGCGAUUGCGACAGGCCGGCCUCUGCUCCCAGGGCUCCCUGCCCCCGCCCCCGGCCGGCUCGCUCCACUCCCACUUCCUGAGCCCGGCGCUGGAGCCCUGGAGGCCAGGCCCGGCCGCUCCCGGCCCCCGGGGGCACGUCGGCCCAGCCGCCAGGCUUGGGAAGUCGUGGCCAACGCUGCUCAGGACGUCCGGGCUUCCCACCUUCCUCCUAGGACUCCACCCGGUCUGGUCAGCCGAGCCGAAAGGCCGCCAUGCGCCUGCCCCGGGCCUCCUCUCCCUGCGGCCUGGCCUGGGGGCCACUCCUGCUGGGACUCAGCGGGCUUCUGGUGGCCUCUCAGCCCCAGCUGGUGCCCCCUUAUCGCAUAGAAAACCAGACUUGCUGGGACCAGGACAAGGAAUACUACGAGCCCAUGCACGACGUCUGCUGCUCCCGCUGUCCCCCAGGCGAGUUUGUCUUUGCGGUAUGCAGCCGCAGCCAAGACACGGUUUGCAAGACUUGCCCCCAUAAUUCCUAUAAUGAACACUGGAACCAUCUCUCCACCUGCCAGCUGUGCCGCCCCUGUGACAUUGUGCUGGGCUUUGAGGAGGUUGCCCCUUGCACCAGCGAUCGGAAAGCCGAGUGCCGCUGUCAGCCGGGGAUGUCCUGUGUGUAUCUGGACAAUGAGUGUGUGCACUGUGAGGAGGAGCGGCUUGUACUCUGCCAGCCUGGCACAGAAGCCGAGGUCACAGAUGAAAUUAUGGAUACUGACGUCAACUGUGUCCCCUGUAAGCCGGGACACUUCCAGAACACUUCCUCCCCUCGAGCCCGCUGUCAACCCCAUACCAGAUGUGAGAUCCAGGGCCUGGUGGAGGCAGCUCCAGGUACCUCCUACUCGGAUACCAUCUGUAAAAAUCCCCCAGAGCCAGGAGCAAUGCUACUGCUGGCCAUCCUGCUGUCGCUGGUCCUCUUUCUGCUCUUCACCACUGUCCUGGCCUGUGCCUGGAUGAGGCACCCGUCUCUCUGCAGAAAGCUGGGUACUCUGCUCAAGCGGCACCCAGAGGUAAAGGAAUGGAAGAAGACAUCCAGGAGGGGCGGGGCUGUGAGGGAGAAGAAUCUCCCCCUUGCCCCGCUCCAAGAGCCGACCCACAUUUCCCUGACCUGGCAGAGCCACUCCUACCCAUGUCUGGAGACUUGUCCCCAUCCCCUGCUGGACCCCCAACGGCCCCCUCCUUGGAGGAAGUGGUGCUACAACAGCAGAGUCCCCUGGUCCAGGCCAGAGAGCUGGAGGCUGAACCUGGGGAACAUGGCCAGGUGGCCCACGGUGCGAAUGGCAUUCAUGUGACCGGGGGCUCUGUGACUGUCACCGGCAACAUCUACAUAUACAAUGGGCCAGUGCUGGGGGGAACACGGGGCCCUGGAGACCCUCCAGCUCCCCCUGAGCCUCCAUACCCCACUCCUGAAGAGGGAGCUCCUGGCCCUUCUGAGCUGUCUACACCCUACCAGGAGGAUGGCAAAGCUUGGCAUCUGGCCGAGACAGAGACACUAGGAUGCCAAGACCUCUGACAGGGCCAAGGAACCUAUUUGCCACCUGUGCCUGAGGGCACCUGGGAAAGGCAAGGAGCAGAGGGUCCAGCACCUUCUUUCUGAGGCUGCUCUACUCACCAGGACUCACAGGGUCUGGGGAGGCUCUGAGAAAUAGAGCCCUAAGGGACUUAGCCUCAGACACCUCUUCAGAGCAGAACCGGACACUAGCAGGCCACAGUGCCUGCCCAGGACUCUGACUACCGCCUGAGCAAGCCUGAGACCUAGUUUCAGACCCACCGGCUCCCAGAGGCUUCGGCCAUUGAGCCUCGGACACAAGGAAGGCUCGUGACCCCCGCCCUGCCUCUCUGUGUUCUAAACAUGGCAGAGGAGGGAGCUGGUCCCAGGGUCACUCGCAAGGAUAUCCCAGGGACCUCGCAAAGCUUUGUGGUGCUCAUCCCUACCUUCAGAGGCCUUGAGAGCUCAUAUUGCGUGGACCAAGAUAGACCCUGGGGGAAGGUGAAGUCGCGCGGAGGAGCAACCCCUCCCUUGCUCCUGGGGGAGAGGAUAGAGAGAAGGGGAGGAUGGGGCCUUGGGUAGCGUUAGCAUGUGUGGAGGAGAGUUUGGGAACAGGAGAAAAACGACAAGUGUAUUUAUGAGUUGUAAUCACACACGAAUAAAAACAAGAUGGAGGUCCUUUA